AUGCUUGUUCCGGCUUUGCUCCUAUUUGGAGAAAAAAUCGGUAACUUGGAGGAGAGAGCUGGUCUGCAAGCUUCCGCCCUCCACACGCUUUUCGCUCAAAGAGAUAGCAGAACCAAUCUUGAAAUGGCGAAGGUCAACCACCAGAUGGCGAGGGAUUCAGCAAGGCUUGCCGGCGCGGCUAAACGGGACAGCUCAUCCAUGAAGACCAUAGCCAUCUUGACCACCGUCUUCCUUCCUGGGACGUUCGUUUCGGCGCUAUUCAGCACCCCGUUGGUUGAAUCCGAUCCAUCCCAGUUUUGGAUAUACUGGGCCAUCACCGUUCCACUCACAGGCCUAGUCAUGGGUCUUUGGGCGAUGUGGAUGUACUGGAUAAACGGGAAAAACAGGAUCAAAGAUGAAGAGGCAGCAAAUGCAGUAGAGUCCAAUGAAGACAAGCAGAAGGGAAACAAGUUAGAGAAGAAUGACUAA